AAAGGUGCGAUGGGAAUCCCUGGGCGGCCGGGACUAAAAGGGCAGUCCGGAGAGAAGGGUGCUCCAGGAGAAGCAGGCAUGUCUAUCAUCGGGCCCCGCGGUCCACCCGGACAGCCUGGAACAAGAGGUUUUCCUGGAUUCCCGGGCCCUAUUGGCUUGGACGGCAAACCGGGCCAUCCUGGACAGAAGGGAGAGAUGGGUGCUGCAGGUCCCAGGGGAGAACCGGGACUCCCAGGACAAAAAGGAGAGAAGGGUCAAUGUGCAGAGUACCCGCACAGGCUGUUGCCUCUCCUCAAUUCAGUGCGGCUGGCUCCACCUCCGGUCAUAAAGAGACGCACUUUCCAGGGUGAACAAGGACAAGCAGGGAUCCAAGGUCCCCCAGGGCCCCCUGGUCCCCCAGGGCCUGCUGGACCCGAAGGAAUCCCAGGACGUCCUGGGCCAACUGGACCCCCUGGCAGAGCGGGAGAACCUGGAAAGCCUGGCAGAGAUGGAAAGGGCUUACCUGGGCCUCCUGGACCAAAGGGAGACGCUGGGAUUCAGGGAUACCCUGGCAGAAAGGGUGAGGUGGGCGAGUCAGGCCUGCCCGGUGCCCAUGGCCUCCCUGGAGCCUCUGGCCCCAAGGGUGAAAAAGGGGAUGCUGGCACAAAGGGGGAGAGAGGCAUGCCAGGGCUGCCAGGAAGACAUGGCUCUAAGGGCGCUCCCGGGACGGCCGCCGCAGGGAUGAAGGGCGAGCCUGGGACUCCAGGAGAAAAGGGUGAGAAGGGACGAGCUGGUGACCCUGGGCCUCCUGGACUCCCUGGCCCAAAGGGAGAGAAGGGAAUUGUUGAGAAUGCCUUGGUGGGAGCUAAAGGAGAGCCUGGCCCUCCAGGUCUGCCUGGACCCCCUGGACCAAAGGGAGAAGCUGGUGACAUUGGUCAGCCUGGUGCUGCAGGAUCACAGGGAGAAAAGGGGGAACGUGGUUCACCGGGAGACCAGGGACCCAUGGGCCCAAGGGGCCCCAAAGGAGAGCCUGGGAAGGACGAAGUGAUAGACUAUGGUGGGAACAUCAGUGAAGCUCUGCAGGAAAUACGAACUUUGGCCUUGAUGGGACCCCCAGGACGUCCAGGUGUGGCUGGACCUCCAGGGCCACCGGGACAGAAGGGUGAAAUUGGCUUGCCGGGUCCUCCAGGCCACGAUGGAGAAAAGGGACCACGUGGCAAGGCCGGAGAAAUGGGGCCUCCUGGCCCUCAGGGUCUGCCAGGAAAGGAUGGACCUCCUGGAAAAAAGGGGGAGCCAGGCCACGUCGGGGUCAGAGGAGAGAAGGGCGAUAAGGGAGAGCCGGGCCAAGCGGGCUCACCGAUAUCUGGGCCCCCUGGACCCCAAGGCCCUCCAGGACCUCCAGGUCUUCAGGGCAUUCCCGGACCCAAGGGGGAAGCAGGGAUUGAUGGAGUGAAAGGAGAGAAGGGUGCCCAGGGUGAAAAAGGAGACAGAGGGCCACUGGGAUUACCCGGUAUUCCAGGACCAACUGGGGUUUCAGGACCAGCAGGACCAAAAGGAGAAAGGGGCAGUAAAGGAGAUCCUGGAGUUGCAGGACCAAUGGGGCCAGCAGGGCUUCCUGGUUUACAAGGUCUACCUGGUGACAAGGGAGUCCGGGGUCUCCGAGGUUUUAAAGGCGAGAAGGGUGAGCCGGGGUUACCUGGGCUGGACGGCCUGGAUGCCCCAUGCCCAUUGGGGGAAGAUGGCCUUCCAGUUCAAGGCUGCUGGAAUAAGGGCCAAACUCCUUGGCUGAUAGCCAGAAAAUGAGUCUGAGGGUGGAGAAGCUUGGGAAAUAGCAGCAGAGUGAAAGGAGAAGACCUUCCUGAAGAUUUGCUGGAGAUGUUUUGCAAGUUCCUUCCCUAGAGCUUGGGAAGAGUUCCUCAGCAGUGCACCAGGAAUGUGUGCCCAGAUGCUGGGGCUGUGAGUGCUCAGCGUGCCAGCGCUUUCUGCUUUGCUUUCUGUUUUCUCCCAGAGGCCAGUGGCAAGGGUUGAGAAUGGCACCAUUUAUAUUCUUUUUCUUUGGUCAUUUUCACUUCAUUCUACUAUUGUGGUCAGACUCUUCAGAUGAAGAAUUAGGCUCAUUUUUCAGCAGCAGCUACAUAAAUGAGUGCAAGACUUAGACAAUAUUUCUGGGAGGGGAUCCUUUGAUCCAAGAAAGAAACGCUUCUUGAACAAUUCUCUUCAGAAAAGCAGAGAAACCCCCGUGUUCAGUUCAGAGUGCUGCUCAGAGAGGCUGCGAUAACACUUUUUGCUACCAUUUCUGGUUACCAGGUGACAAACUUCCACCUGUAUCAUUGAUGAUUCCAUCUUUAACCUUUUUGUCACAAACUUUCUUCUCCUGUUUAAUUAUAAGGAAAUUACGUUGGUUUGUUUGGGUUUUUUUAAAGCAUACUGGAUUCUGAAGGCUUGAAGUGUUGUCAGAAGAGGAAAAUGUGGAAAAAGUCUGGUUUCACUGAUGAAUUCCUUUGCUUCCUGUACUUGUGCUUUGGUCUCCACUGCACCCUCUGGAUGUACUUUGUCUGGAGCCCUCCAGAAAUGUUUUCUGCUGGCCCAUUAAGGCCUUUCUGUGGGAACAUAUCCACAGAUGUACAUCCUGAUGGAAAAGAAGGAUCACAAAGGUUCAAUUCCACUGUUGUAUGUUUUAAUAUGUUCCCUAAAGGGAAAUAAAGAUUUGGCAAAGUGGUGAGGGGUUCAGAGGACGUUUCCUAGCUGCUUGAAGGGCAGAAUAUACAAGCCUGGAUACUUCAUACCAGCUGCCAUGCAAACCUGGCAUCCUUUACUCAGCCCCACUGA